AUGCAAGUCGAAGACCCUGGUGCGCGUAGCACAGUUCUCACAGAGGUAUCCGUGCAGGGCGCCGUGGAGGAUGGAUCUGCAGCCCAGCAGCAGGCCGCCAAAUCUGCACCUCCGAAGAAGGCUGGAUCGCAUCUCUAUUCGUACGGGACGAUGAUCGGCAUCGCUAUAAACUACAUUAUAGGAACUGGCGCUCUAUCUCUUUCUGUUACCAUGGGGAGUGCAGGCGUUCUCAUGACAGUCAUAAUCCUCAUCAUUGGCUCGGGAAUCACUCUCUUUCUUGCGAUCUACUUCACAGAGGUUUUGGCGCGUGCGUAUGCUCUGGCCAGAGGCGGAUUUGCUCCCGAAGACAUCCUUAACAAGCUGCACGAGUACGAAAAUCCCGUCUCGGCCACUGCCUCUGCCGAGGGCUCCAACGCAAGCGCUGCCAUUGGGAACGCUACUAUUGAGGGCGGUAAGGCCUGCAACACACUCUCUCCCGAUUACUCUCUUUCCACAGAAUGCGAGUUUUGCAUUUCUGAGCUCAUGAAGAUGUUCUAUGGGAAGCCAGGCUUCUACAUCUAUCAGGUUUCUAAUUUGAUCUACUUCUUCGGGACGGUCUGGAGCUACGGAAACGUCGUCGCAUCGUCUCUGACUUCCAUUAUUCCGAUGUACAGUCUUCCGGGUAGUCCUAAGACGUGGGAGUGUGAUGUUAAUAAGAUGAGUAAGUUAGGUGAUCCUUGUUAUACCGCUUACUGGAUUUGGCUGUGUAUUGCCAUGGUCAUCGCUUGUAUUCUGAUAUUCUUUGAUUUGAGUCAGCAAAAGGUCCUGCAAACAAUCUUCACUGGGUGCCGAUUUGCUACCAUUGCACUGGUUCUUCUUUUUACGAUUGUGGGAUAUUCCAGGGGGCCAUAUUCUAAAACCUAUUCUAAAGGAAAUGCUAGCUCAGCCAUAAGAAUAUUGGAAACGGAUAUAUACUGGAUUGCUAAUCAGUUUUCAUCCAUUGUAUUCUGCCAGGUUUGCCACCAUUCCAUUCCGGAAAUCAUCCGACCAGUCAAGAAGGAGCACCACGGGAAAAUUAACUUCGGAUUCACAAUCACCUAUAUGGUCAUCUUUGUCAUAACGUCGCUUAUUUUGUUCAUGUGUGGAUCGUACUUUGGGACGCUUGGUGAGGGGUUAUUGACGCUGAACUUUGGUCAAUGGCACGGUACAGACUGGAAUCUCUGUGCUAAAGACAAAACAGGUGGUGCAGAGAUGGUUCUUGGCUAUAUUGUGCGUGUGCUGCCGCCUAUAUACGUGACGACAGCAAUCCCCAUCAAUGCGCUUACAAUGUCCAAUAAUCUUUUGUCGCUUUUCCCUCUGAGGCUCCAAAAGCAUCUUGCUUUGGUCGUUUUUGCUAAGCUCAUCUCUAUCAUUCCGGCUAUGAUGAUGGCUGGGCUCGUUAAGGACCUGAACAAGAUUGUCGGCUUCUCUGGACUGACGGGUUUUGUUAUUAUCAGCGUGUCUGCUCUCAUGAUCAUCAAGGGUAGAAAGCUUUGCAAGCAGCACUUUGGAGACGCCAACCUAAGAACGCCGUUCAACUCGUGGUCUUCCCACAUCGCUAUAAUAUAUACGAUACUUGUGAUAACUGGCGUUGGGUUCAUAUUGACAACUUAUUCCGUCGUUGCGGAUGCAAUAGGUAAGGCAAGUCCAAGGUAUGUUAGUGAAUACCCUGAUUGCAAAAAUAACACGGGUACCACGUCCUUGUCUCUUGUUUCCACUACUGUUGAUAAUUGUCCGUACAAUAAAAAAUAA